AUGGCCUAUGACAGGUUUGUGGCCAUCUGUCACCCCCUGCAUUAUCCAGUAAUUAUGAACCCUCACCUCUGUGGCUUCUCAAUUUUGGUGUUAUUUUUGCUGAGUCUCUUGGACUCUCAGCUGCACAAUUUGAUGAUCUUACAAAUUACCAACUUCAAGAAUGUUGAAAUUUCUACUUUCCUCUGUGACCCUUCUCUACUUCUGAAUCUUUCCUGCACUGACACCUACUCUAAUAACACUGACAAGUAUUUUCUUGUUGCUGUAUAUGGUCUUUUUCCCAUCUCAGGAAUCCUUUUCUCUUACUAUAAAAAUAUGUCCUCUCUUCUGAGAAUCCCCUCUUUAGGUGGGAAGUACAAAGCCUUCUCCACCUGUGGCUCUCACCUGGCAGGUGUUUGCUUAUUUUUAGGAACAGGUACUGCAGUGUACCUUGGUUCAGCUGUAUCACAUUCUCCCACAAAGCAUGCGGUGGAUUCUGUGAUGUACUCUGUGGUCACCCCCAUGCUGAACCCCUUCAUCUACAGCCUGAGGAACAGGGAUAUUAAAAGGGCCUUGAGGAGGCUGCAGAGGUUGACAGUCUGA